GCCGCCUCGGGCCCACCGUGGGCUGCGAGGCCGAGCCUGGGAGGCGCGGCGAGGGGAGCGGCUCUCCUCCUCCUCCGCCGCCUCCUCUUCCUCCUCCUCCCCCGCCGCUUCCCAGACUGCGUCGGCCGAGCGGAGCAUCGGCGGCUGGCGGCGGAGGCCGUCCCAGCAUGCGAGACUGAGAUGCCUGCCCGGGCGGCUCCGGCUACUCCGGCAUCAUCGGCAACGGCGACAUCGGCAUCGGCAUCAGCGGCGGUUGUUGUUUCCCCUCAGGCCGAAGCGCCCCGGAUGCGACUGCGAGGCCGGCGCCUGGCGCGGCACAAACACUUCUAUAGGACUCACUCGCCCCGCUGAGGCCGCGCCGAGGCCCUCCCGCCUCAUGGAGCCCCCGUCCUCCGCCGCUUCCUCCGCCUCCGCCUCCGCCUCCGCCCGGCUGGGCCGCCUGCGGGACUCGCACGGGAAGGUGGUCAGUAGCUGCCAAGAAAAAAUCCAGCACUGGAAGAAGGUUGAGGGUGACUAUGAAGCACUUCAGGACAGACUCAAUACGCUGCCCGACAAACUUUCAUAUGAUAUCAUGGUCCCCUUUGGUCCUCUUGCUUUCAUGCCAGGACGACUCGUUCACACCAAUGAGGUGACGGUUCUCCUUGGGGACAACUGGUUUGCAAAAUGUUCAGCAAAACAGGCCGGCGAUCUAGUAGAACACAGGAAAAAACGUGUAAGAAAAAUGCUGGAUGAUUUGGGGAAAGUGAUGAAGAAUUUCGAAUCCAAAGCUGAAUUCACCGAAGAUUUGCAGAAAAUGAAUGAUGCAGCAGGUGAUGUGGUUGAUAUCAGAGAAAUCGCAGAAAGCGAUGAGCCUGAAAUGAAAGGAAAGCACAGAACUGCUCACAGACCUCAUUCAAAACCAAAAAUCUGUGCUUUUGAGGGGAAUGUCGAGGAGAGCGGAACAGAUAAAAAACCCAAUGGGGACUUAAAAUCAGAAGAGGACCUUUGGGCCCGACUUGAUGAGCUGGAAAGACAAGAGCAAAUCCUCGGUGAACUCAGCAGGAUUUCUGAGACUAGCAAUGUAAAGGCAGAAGGUGCCUCUUCCUCUGAAGAAGAUGGAGAAGACAAAAAGUUAAACCCAGAUGUUCUUCAGAAGGAAGAAAAACCUAACACUCAGGGCAACUUUCAGAAGGACGUAACCGGCUUUGAAUCAUUCGGAAGUCAGCUUAAUGGCCCCAGUCAUUAUGGCAGCGACGACGAAGAUGAUUUCGCCAUUAGUGAGAAUGCUGUGCCGACAAUAUAUUUCUCCCACACUGUGGAACCUAAAAGGGUACGAAUAAACACGGGGAAAAAUACUACUUUAAAAUUCAGUGAAAAGAAAGAAGAAGCAAAACGGAAACGGAAGAACAGCAACGGAAAUGGACACGGGGUGACAGAACUGCCGAAUAUUAAAACGCCGGCAGAUAUUUAUCGAGUCUUUGUUGAUGUUGUGAAUGGAGAAUAUGUCCCUCGUAAAUCAAUUUUGAAGUCUCGAAGCCGGGAGAACAGUGUUUGCAGCGAUACCAGCGAGAGCAGCACCACUGAGUUUGACGACAGGCGAGGAAUUCUGAGAAGCCUGAGCUAUGAGGACGCGACCCAUAGCGACAACAGUGAGGGCAUCUUGGAAGAGGAAGAGGAAGAGCAGCGGGAGCAGAGUCCCCUUUCUAGAAAAGCACCUCCCUUGUCAGGAAUGUAUGAGGCUUUCUCAGGGACGGUUGUCGAGAAGGAACCUUUGUCGCCCUCCAUCAUACCACACCCAGUCAUUGCUCAUCCGGUCCUGCCAACCAUUUUGGAGCGGAACUCUGAGGAGAUUCUCUGCGAAGCUUCAGAAGAAACGACGAAGAGAGUUUCAAAAUUCAAAGCUGCCCGAAUGCAGCAGAAAAGCUAGAGCCCAUGUAAAGAGUGGACCUUGUUCAUUUUCACGAAAACGAGUGGCGAGGGGUGGUUUGUAAGGGAUGCUAGUAAGACGGCAGAUUGCUUUGACUUCAUAUCGUUCAUACUUAGACCUCUUGUUGAAAUUCCUUUUUUUUUUUUUAAAGCAAAGGAAACAAAUCUGUGAAGAAGCAUUUCAGAAACCUCUUUAUUUUCUUAAUAUCCCCGUGUGCAGUUAGCACCUUUAUACAUGUUUGCCUUACGAUAACAGCACAUGGAAUAAUUUUCAAAAGAAUAAUCCUCAUGAAGCUUUUUGGUUGUGCGCAUUCAAAGCUAAACGCAAAGCAGUUUUCUACCAGAAGUGGAGUUAAGAAAAAUAUAUACCAUUUGGGCUACUUGAAAGAAACUUUUCAACUUUCAGGUAGAACCAACCAUUUCUAUUUCAACAACUCGCUUUAUAAUGUUUUAAGGCGCUCUUUCCCCUCCUUCCCCCCGGCCCCCCCAUAUCCCUUAUUGUUUUGAAAAGGUUUGCUUUUAGGUGUCGGCUGACAAAUCAUUUCUUUCCCGCAGGUAGGAAACUUCUGAUGAUUUAAUUGUAUAGAAUCUAUGAAACGGAACGCCGCAUUCAUGUAUUUUGCAGGGAUGUUUCUUUGAAAGGGAAAAAAAAAUAUUGUAUUUUGUAAAAUUAAAUUUUUUGAGUAAAAAAAAAAAAUGG